UUGUGGAGUUCCAGGGCAAAGAAAAGGAAUCAGAGCAGAGGUGCAACCCCACACUGAUAGAUCGCCUCAUUCAAAAGACCAGACACCAUGUAUUGUCUGAGCUGUUACCUCAAACAGGCCCUGAACACUCCGUGCAUCAGUUAAAUCUGGUUUUUGUUGCUGCUGAAAAUUAGCCAAGAUGUCAAUGACCGACAUGUCAGAGUUUGGGGAAGCUGCCUCUUUCCUGAGGAAAAGUGAAAAGGAAUUAAUGAUGUUACAAACCAUUGCGUUUGAUGGUAAGAAACGCUGCUGGGUCCCUGAUGAGAAGGAGGCUUAUGUGGAAGCAGAGAUUAAAGAAGCUGGUGGUGGGAAGGUCACUGUGGAAACCAAAAAUGGCAAAACUAUAACAAUUAAAGAAGAUGACAUUCAGCAGAUGAACCCUCCCAAGUUCGAUAUGAUUGAGGACAUGGCCAUGUUAACCAACUUGAACGAAGCUUCUGUGUUAUACAAUCUGCGCCGGCGAUACAGUAACUGGAUGAUCUACACCUACUCAGGGUUGUUCUGUGUGACUGUCAACCCGUACAAGUGGCUCCCGGUGUAUAGUGCUCCCGUGGUCGCUGCCUACAAGGGCAAGAGACGCUCAGAGGCACCGCCCCAUAUCUACUCCAUUGCUGACAAUGCAUACAACGACAUGGUCCGCAAUCGGGAGAACCAGUCAAUGUUGAUUACUGGUGAGUCUGGAGCUGGGAAAACUGUCAACACGAAACGUGUUAUUCAGUACUUUGCAAUUAUAGCUGCCAUGGGCGAUGGAGGUGGAAAGAAGUCUCAGCCAGCAACAAAGACCGGGGGUACUCUAGAGGACCAGAUCAUUGAGGCAAACCCAGCGAUGGAAGCUUUUGGCAACGCCAAGACCUUAAGAAAUGACAACUCUUCCCGUUUUGGGAAGUUUAUUCGGAUUCACUUUGGUCCGACAGGGAAACUGGCAUCAGCUGAUAUUGACAUCUAUCUUCUAGAAAAAUCUCGGGUAAUCUUCCAGCAACCUGGAGAAAGGAGUUACCACAUUUAUUACCAGAUCUUUUCUGGCAAAAAGCCUGAGCUCUUUGAUAUGCUGCUAGUGAGUAACAAUCCCUUUGACUAUCAUUUCUGCUCACAAGGAGUUGUUACAGUCGACAAUGUAGAUGAUGGGGAGGAAUUGGCAGCAACUGAUCAUGCCAUGGACAUCCUCGGCUUUGAAAUUGAGGAGAAGUACGGCUGUUACAAAAUCGUUGGAUCCAUCAUGCACUUUGGAAACAUGAAAUUCAAACAGAAACAACGGGAGGAGCAAGCAGAGCCUGAUGGCACUGAAAAUGCUGAUAAAGCUGCUUAUCUGAUGGGAUUGAGUUCUGGUGACCUCCUGAAGGCCCUUGUUCACCCUCGAGUCAAAGUCGGCAAUGAGUAUGUGACCAAGGGACAAACGGUGGCUCAGGUAAUCUAUGCUGUGGGUGCCCUUGCAAAGGCUACUUAUGAUCGAAUGUUUAAGUGGCUGGUUUUCCGAAUUAACAAGACCUUGGACACUAAGUUUGCCAGGCAGUACUUCAUUGGAGUGUUGGACAUUGCAGGCUUCGAAAUAUUUGAUUACAACAGUUUCGAGCAGCUCUGCAUCAAUUUUACGAAUGAGAAACUGCAACAGUUUUUCAACCAUCACAUGUUUGUGUUGGAGCAGGAGGAGUACAAGAGAGAGGGGAUCGACUGGGUCUUCAUUGACUUUGGCCUUGAUCUUCAAGCUUGUAUUGAUCUGAUUGAAAAGCCAUUGGGCAUUCUGUCGAUCCUUGAGGAGGAGUGUAUGUUCCCGAAAGCCACUGAUAUGUCAUUCAAAGCGAAACUGUAUGACAAUCACUUGGGAAAAUCACCCAAUCUGCAGAAACCUCGGCCUGACAAAAAACGGAAAUAUGAGGCUCAUUUUGAGCUGGUUCAUUAUGCUGGAGUGGUCCCUUACAAUAUAAUUGGAUGGCUUGACAAGAACAAGGACCCAUUAAAUGAGACUGUAGUGGCAAUUUUCCAGAAAUCUUCGAACAAACUGUUGGCAGCGUUGUAUGAAUCAUACGUCAGUGCUGAAGCAGCCAUGGAGCAGAGUAAGAGCGGCACAAAGGAAAAACGGAAGAAAGCUGCCUCUUUCCAGACUGUUUCUCAGCUGCAUAAAGAGAACCUCAACAAACUGAUGACCAACUUGAGAUCCACUCAGCCCCACUUUGUGCGAUGCAUCAUUCCCAAUGAAACCAAGACUCCAGGUGCAAUGGACCCAUUCUUGGUCCUUCACCAGCUGCGGUGUAACGGUGUCCUGGAAGGAAUCCGAAUUUGCCGGAAAGGCUUCCCGAACAGAGUGCUUUAUGCUGACUUCAAGCAGCGAUACCGUAUCCUCAAUCCAUCUGCUGUUCCUGAAGACAAGUUCGUCGACAGCAGAAAGGCGACAGAGAAAUUGCUGGGCUCUCUCGAUAUCGAUCACUCUCAGUAUAGGUUUGGUCACACAAAGGUGUUCUUCAAGGCAGGUUUGUUGGGUCUGCUGGAGGAAAUGCGAGAUGAACGAUUGGCAAAGAUCCUGACAAUGAUCCAAGCUCGCAGCCGAGGGUUCCUGAUGAGAAUCGAGUAUCAGAAAAUGAUUGCUAGACGAGAUGCGCUACUUGUUAUUCAGUGGAACAUUCGUGCUUUCAACGCUGUGAAGAAUUGGUCCUGGAUGAAGCUCUUCUUCAAGAUUAAACCUUUACUGAAGAGCGCGGAGACUGAGAAAGAGAUGGCAAAUCUGAAAGAUGAGUUCUUGAAGUUGAAAGAGGCUCUGGUCAAGUCUGAGGCCAAACGCAAGGAGCUGGAGGAGAAGCAAGUCACUCUGAUCCAAGAGAAGAAUGAUCUGUCCCUUCAGUUACAGGCGGAGCAAGACAAUCUUGCUGAUGCAUCAGAGAGAUGUGACCUUCUGAUCAAAGCGAAGAUCCAGUUGGAAGCGAAAGUGAAGGAGCUAACGGAGCGACUGGAUGAUGAGGAAGAGAUGAAUGCAGAACUGACUGCCAAGAAACGCAAACUCGAGGAUGAGUGUGCAGAAUUGAAGAAAGACAUCGAUGAUUUGGAAAUCACACUAGCCAAAGUAGAAAAAGAGAAACACGCAACAGAAAAUAAGGUUAAAAAUCUUACAGAAGAAAUGGCUUCUCUUGACGAAACGAUUGUGAAACUGACCAAAGAGAAGAAGGCGCUUCAGGAGGCCCAUCAACAGACCCUGGAGGACCUGCAGGCUGAAGAAGACAAAGUUAACACCCUGACCAAAGCCAAGGCCAAACUAGAGCAACAAGUCGAUGAUCUUGAAGGGUCUUUGGAACAAGAGAAGAAAGUCCGCAUGGAUUUGGAACGUGCGAAGCGAAAGCUGGAGGGAGAUUUGAAACUAACACAUGAAUCUGUCAUGGAUUUAGAGAAUGAUAAACAACAGCUGGAGGAGAAGCUGAAAAAGAAGGACUUUGAAAUAAGUCAGUUAAACUCCAAGAUUGAGGAUGAAGGGGCUCUUGUUGCUCAGCUCCAGAAGAAAAUUAAAGAGCUGCAGGCUCGAAUUGAGGAGCUUGAGGAGGAGUUGGAAGCAGAACGGGCGGCAAGAGCUAAGGUGGAGAAACAAAGGGCAGAUGUAUCCCGGGAGCUGGAGGAGUUGAGUGAGAGGUUGGAGGAAGCAGGAGGAGCAACGUCAGCACAGGUGGAGAUGAACAAGAAACGGGAAGCAGCCUUCCUGAAACUUCGGAGGGACCUGGAAGAGGCAACACUGCAACACGAGGCAACGGCAUCAGCUCUGAGGAAGAAGCAGUCAGAUACAGUGGCAGAACUGAGUGAGCAGAUUGACAACCUGCAAAGGGUUAAACAGAAACUGGAGAAAGAGAAGAGUGAACUUAAAAUGGAGACAGAUGAUUUAAAUUCCAGCAUUGAACAAAUUACAAAAGCAAAGGCCAACUCAGAGAAGUUAUGCAGAACAUAUGAAGAUCAACUAAAUGAAGCAAAUACCAAAGUUGGUGAACUUCAGCGUCAAGUGGCAGAUCUGGCUUCGCACAAAGCCAAACUGCAGAGUCAGAACGGGGAGUACAGCAGGCAAAUGGAAGAAAAGGAAGCUCUCAUUAACCAGUUAAGCCGUGGCAAGGUGUCCUUCACACAAAGUAUUGAAGAGUUGAGAAGACAACUGGAAGAAGAGACCAAAUCCAAGAAUGCUCUCGCUCAUGCUCUGCAUGCUUCACGACACGACUGUGACCUUCUGAGAGAACAGUACGAGGAGGAACAAGAGGCGAAGGCUGAACUACAGAGGGCGCUAUCCAAGGCCAAUGCUGAGGUGGCCCAAUGGCGUAACAAAUAUGAAACCGACGCAAUCCAGAGGACAGAGGAACUGGAAGAAGCUAAGAAGAAGUUGGCGAUUCGUCUACAAGAAGCAGAGGAGUCAGUGGAAGCAGUAAAUGCCAAAUGCUCCUCACUGGACAAGACAAAACAUCGGUUGCAGACAGAAAUUGAGGACUUGACGAUCGACCUGGAGAGAGCAAAUUCAGCUGCUCUGGCUUUUGACAAGAAGCAACGAAAUUUUGAUAAGAUGAUCGCUGACUGGAAGCAGAAAUUUGAGGAGGCUCAGGCUGAACUGGAAGCAUCACAGAAGGAAGCUCGUAGCCUGAGCACUGAGCUCUUUAAACUGAAGAAUGCCUAUGAGGAAUCACUAGACCACUUGGAGACUCUCAAACGAGAGAACAAGAACCUUCAAGAUGAGAUCACAGACUUGACUGACCAGAUCAGUGAAGGAACUAAAACCAUCCAUGAGCUGGAGAAAGUGAAGAAGAACCUGGAACAGGAGAAAAGCGAGGUGCAGGGUGCAUUGGCAGAGGCAGAGGGUGCUCUUGAACACGAGGAGAGUAAAACCCUGAGGAUCCAACUUGAGCUCUCGCAGAUCAAAGCUGAGGUUGAACGCAAACUGGCAGAAAAGGAUGAAGAAAUUGAUGGUCUACGGCGGAACCAUCAGCGAACUGUCGAACUCAUGCAGGCAGCUCUUGAUUCUGAGGCAAAAGCCAGAAAUGAAGCUCUUCGGUUAAAGAAGAAAAUGGAGGGUGAUCUGAAUGAAAUGGAACUGCAGCUCAAUCAUGCCAACAGGCAAGCUGCUGAAUCCCAGAAACUAUACAGAAACCUUCAGGCCCAGUUUAAGGACAUCCAGUUGGAACUUGAUGAAACCAUUCGGCAGAAAGAUGAUUUCAAGGAACAAAUUGCAGCAGCUGAACGACACAGCAACCUGUUGGUGGCGGAACUUGAAGAACUGCGUGCAGUUCUUGAGCAGUCAGAGAGGGGCAGGAAACUGGCCGAGCAGGAAUUAUUGGAGGCAACCGAGCGUGUGAACCUAUUACACUCCCAGAACACUGGUCUCAUAAAUCAGAAAAAGAAACUGGAGAAUGACAUUAAUUCUCUAAGCUCCGAGGUAGAAGAAGCAGUACAAGAAUGUCGGAAUGCUGAGGACAAAGCUAAGAAGGCGAUAACAGAUGCUGCGAUGAUGGCUGAGGAAUUGAAGAAGGAACAGGAUACCAGUGCGCAUCUUGAGAGGAUGAAAAAGAACAUGGAGCAGACAACAAAAGACUUGCAGCUGCGUCUAAAUGAAGCUGAGCAGAUCGCACUGAAAGGAGGCAAGAAACAGAUCCAGAAACUGGAGUCAAGGGUGAGGGAACUGGAGUCUGAGCUUGAGACUGAACUGAGAAAAAAUGCAGAGUCCCUGAAAGGCCUUCGAAAGUAUGAGCGCAGAAUUAAGGAGCUGACCUACCAGGGUGAAGAGGACAGGAAGAGCAUCAUUUGUAUGCAAGACCUCAUUGAUAAACUGCAACUGAAAGUGAAGAGCUACAAGCGGCAGGCUGAAGAGGCUGAGGGGAAUGCCAGCACAAACCUCAGCAAAUACAGGACAUUGCAGCAUGAGCUGAAUGAUGCUGAGGAACGUGCUGAGAUAGCCGAAUCUCAAGUCAACAAGCUGCGAGCCAAAACCCGGGACAUCAAGCAUGAAGAAUAAAGGACUGGGCAUAUGGCUCUGAACCAGCUCCCCUCUGCUUUCUGUUUCGAUGUAGCUUUAGUGCAACAAGGCCUGUAUGAAUAAAGAAAUUGAUUAUGCAA